GAUUCAUAAAUUCUUAUAAGAACAAUGACUUCUCUAAUGUUCAAAAGUUUGAUCCUUAUGGUGUUUGCAACACUAUCUUUAAAGGCAUAUGGAGACUUACAGCAGUGGUGCAUAGCUGAUGUGCAGGCACCAGAUGAUGUGGUGCAGAAAGCAAUGGAUUCGAUUUGUAGUAAAACGGGUGCAGCAGAUUGCACAAACAUACAAUUGAAUCAUCCUUGUUACCUUCCAAAUACUGUGAAGGACCAUGCUUCCUAUGUUUUCAACAGUUACUAUCAGAGGUUCAAGCACAAAGGAGUUUCUUGUUAUUUCGGUGCUGCUGGAAUAACCACUACCAAUGACCCAAGCCAUAGAUCUUGCAAGUUUGAGUAUAUUCCUUGAAUGAAGUUUGGAGUCAUUUAAUUUCUCACAGUGAAGACAAUAUCAAAGUCAAUAAAAUGUUAUGUCCAUCCAUGUAUAUAAG